AUGGAAGAAGAAAAUCUUUACGAGUCUGUUUUUUCAUUUGGUAAUUUGUUAGAUGUUGUGCUAUAUCUUUGUGAGAAAGAACACGUAGAGGGUGGUAUGAUAUUCCAGCUGCUGGAAGACUUGACAGAAAUGUCUACAAUGAGAAAUUGCAAAGAUAUUUUUGGUUAUAUAGAAAGUAAACAAGAUAUAUUAGGAAAGCAAGAGUUAUUUGCUCGUGGAAAACUUGUGAUGUUGAGGACAUGCAAUCAACUGCUUCGUCGUCUAUCAAAGGCGAAUGAUGUGAUUUUUUGUGGAAGAAUUCUCAUGUUUCUUGCUCAUUUUUUCCCACUAUCUGAACGGUCAGCUGUGAAUAUAAAAGGUGUUUUCAAUACAUCAAAUGAUACCAAAUAUGAGAAAGAUCCUCCUCUUGGAAUUUCAGUUGAUUUCAACUUUUAUAAAACCUUUUGGAGUCUACAGGAACAUUUUUGUAGCCCAACGUCUCUAACUAUUGCACCUAGCAAAUGGCAGAAAUUUACAUCUAACUUGAUGGUUGUAUUGAAUACCUUUCAAGCCCAGCCGUUAAGUGAUGAAGAGGGACAUGCUAAUAAUCUGGAGGAAGAGGCAGCAACCUUCAGUAUAAAAUAUCUAACAAGCAGUAAAUUAAUGGGUUUAGAGUUAAAGGAUCCAAGUUUUCGACGCCAUUUUCUUGUGCAGUGCCUCAUAUUGUUUGACUAUCUGAAGGCACCCGGGAAGACUGACAAAGAUUUGCCAUCUGAAAGCAUGAAGGAAGAAAUAAAAUCUUGUGAGGAGCGUGUAAAGAAAUUGCUUGAGAUUACUCCGCCUAAGGGAAAAGAUUUCCUUCAUAAUGUUGACCAUAUAUUAGAACGUGAAAGAAAUUGGUUUUGGUGGAAACGUGACGGGUGCCGACCAUUUGAAAAACAGCCAACAGAGAAGAAACCGGUCCAAGAUGGAGCUAGAAAACGGAGGCCAAGGUGGAGAUUGGGAAAUAAAGAACUUGCACAGUUGUGGAAGUGGGCAGAUCUGAAUCCGAAUGCCCUGGUUGACCCUCAACGUGUUCGAACUCCUGCUAUCACCGAGUACUGGAAACCUUUGGCAGAAGAUAUGGACCCCUCAGCAGGGAUAGAAGCUGAAUAUCACCAUAAAAACAACCGAGUAAGUUUUUUCUUUUUUAAAUAUUCAUACUUCUACAGUGUCAUUAAUGACUUUCCAAUGGUGUUUUCUACAAUGCGGUAUUACAUUUUGUCAACUGUUCCACAUGCUGAAGCAAGCUUAUUCUUUUGGAAAUAUAUAAUUUAUAGGAAUUUCUUGCAGAAAAAGUUAGAGAGGUUUUGAAAUGUUAAAAUAUCAACAACAUUAAAAUUUUAAAUUUUAUAGAUUUUUUUUGUCUAAUAAAAUUGCACUUCUUUUAAAUAGGAGGGGAAAA